GAGCUGUCAGUGUUGGGGGAGAGAGGAAUUGGUCCAGCAUCUCUGGAGCGGCGGAGAGGAGCGGAGAACAGAGACACAUCAGCUAAAAUGACGAGAUUUUAGCUCAAUGUUCCCCACACUGGAUGUUCAAAGCGUGGAUGUUUAAAAACUGACCCUUCCCGUCUGCCGUAGAUCAGCGCGGAGAUCUGACUUCAUUCUAUCAAUGAGAGAUAUGUGGAGUGGCUCUACCGCCCGGUGUUAACACAGAAAAACACAAGAUGAAGAAGCAGUUCAACCGAAUGAGACAGCUCGCCAACCAAACAGUGGGCAGAGCGGAAAAAACAGAAGUAUUGAGUGACGACCUACUACAGGUGGAGAAACGUCUGGAACUGGUUAAGCAGGUUUCCCACAGCACACACAAGAAGCUGACCGCCUGUCUGCAGGGCCAGCAGGGUGUGGAGGUGGAGAAGAAAUCUGUCAGGUCUCCCUCGAAGAAGCUUCCUCUAACUACACUUGCACAAUGUAUGGUGGAAGGGGCGGUGGUGCUCGGAGACGAGUCCCUACUAGGGAAGAUGCUGAAGCUCUGCGGGGAGACGCAGGAGAAACUGGCUCACGAGCUCAUCUUGUUCGAGCUCACCAUCGAGAGGGACGUCGUGGAGCCUCUGUACGACCUGGCAGAGGUGGAAAUCCCAAACAUCCAGAAACAAAGGAAACAUUUAGCCAAGCUGGUGCUGGACAUGGACUCAGCGCGCACACGGUAUUAUCAGUCCAACAAGUCUUCAGGACUGUCCAGUAACCUGCAGCCAUCAGGAGCGAAGGCCGACCACCACAGGGAGGAGAUGGAGGAGGCAGCCAACCGCAUGGAGAUCUGCAGAGACCAGCUAUCGGCAGACAUGUACAGUUUUGUGGCCAAAGAAAUCGACUAUGCAAGCUACUUCCAGACACUGAUAGAGGUCCAGGCAGAGUACCACAGGAAGUCCUUAGAGCUGCUGCAGAGCGUGCUGCCCCAGAUCAAGGCUCAUCAGGAGACCUGGGUGGAGAAGCCGUGCUACGGGAAAUCAUUAGAGGAGCACUUAGCGCUCAGCGGGAGAGAUAUUGCCUUCCCUAUCGAGGCCUGUGUCACCAUGCUGCUGGAGUGUGGCAUGCCGGAGGAGGGUUUGUUCAGAAUCGCUCCUUCAGCCUCCAAACUGAAGAAGCUGAAGGCGUCUCUGGACUGUGGCGUGUUGGAUGUCGAGGAGUACUCUGCAGACCCUCAUGCCAUCGCAGGUGCUUUGAAGUCGUACCUGCGGGAGCUCCCGGAGCCUCUAAUGACAUACGAGCUCUACAACGACUGGAUCCAGGCCUCAAACAUUCAAGAUCAAGACAAGAGACUGCAGGCUCUCCUCAACGCCUGUGAGAAACUCCCCCCGGCCAACAACAACAACUUUAAGUAUUUGAUCAAGUUCCUCUCCAAGCUGACUGAAUACCAGGAUCUGAACAAGAUGACUCCUGGAAACAUCGCUAUUGUCCUGGGACCCAACCUGCUGUGGAUGCACAACGAAGGGAACAUCACAGAGAUGAUGACCACCGUGUCCCUGCAGAUCGUCGGCAUCAUCGAGCCCAUCAUCCAGCACGCAGACUGGUUCUUCCCUGGAGAAAUCGAGUUCAACGUCACGGGGAACUACGGAAGCCCGGUCCACACAAACCACAACGCCAACUACAGCUUGAUGCCGUCUCCUGACAUGGAUCAGAUAGAGAGGAAGCAGAACGACCAGAGCCGACGGCCGCUGAGCGUCGCCACGGACAACAUGAUGCUGGAGUUCUAUAAGAAGGACGGCAUUAGGAAGAUACAAAGCAUGGGUGUCAGGGUGAUGGACACUACUUGGGUGGCGCGCAGGGGCUCGUCUUCUUCGCGUAAAUGCUCGUCCACGCCGCCGAGCGUGCACCUCCCCGUCGCCCCCACUGACGCUCUCACCCCCGAGCAGCCUGCUGGGGAUUUCUCUGCCUCCCCCUCCCCCACCCCUCCUCCCACUAACAGCGAUCGAGCCAGUCCAAGCAUCAUUAACAGCUUUACAGUCCAUUGUCGCAAAGCCCUGCAAUGGAUGAGUACUCUAAAGAACAAGGAGCUGUCUCCAGUGAUUGGACAGAAGGGACUGCAGGGACUGCAGGGGACGCUGACCUCUAGUGCAUCUGAUCACAGCCCCCACACCCUGAGGAGAGCAAAGAAGCUGGCCCCGAUCCCCCCCAAAGUCCCGUACUGCCAGUCAGGAGCCAUGUCGGACCAGUCCACAGGCCAGCCGUCCCCUGUCAGCCUGUCGCCCACCCCCCCCAGCACCCCCUCCCCGUACAGCUUCAGCUACCCGCAGGGAUACGCCACCAUCGGCUCCCCGGGACAGAUCCAGCUGGCCUCCACCCCGUCUCUCUCCUCUCCCCCCUCACUGGCCGGGACCCUCACCAAGGCCAGGCCCACCCCCAAGCCGCCCCGGCAGAGACCCAGUUUACCCCCCCCUCAGCCCCCCAGCACGCCCGGCACCAGCCCCCAGCCCCUGGAUCAUUCUUCAGGCCUCCUGGAUGGUUUGUCUCCUGGGGAAAGCAUGUCCACAGAUUGUCUCUGCAACUUGGACAUCCCCAUCAUCGACGUGGAACUGAACUGUAUUUUCGACCUGCCCCACAUCUCCCCCUUCAGGAACUCGGUGGCACUGCGUGAACCCACGGGCUUCAGAGCCGAGUCGGAGGAAGAGUCUGAAAGCACAGUGCUAUGACGCCACUGAGCCCCCCCCCCCUCCCUGGCACACACUCAUACAUUGACCUUUUCACUUCUCCCACUGGAUUACUUACAGCCUCGCUCUGGAUCUCAUCGUCACACCUCACUGUACUCCAGAGGGGUGAAACUGUGAGAAAACAACAAAAGAUACCCAAAAUAAAUCCGGAUCACAUGAGGCGAUGGCGACAAUAUUGUCAGGGGACAACACAUACUUUGACAUUUUGUGUUUACUGUUUGUUUUUAUUAUUAAUGUUUUUUGUUUAUUUUUGCCUUAUUUGAUUCACUUGCAAUAUUGCCUUUAACUUCACACACGAGACUGGAAAAGGCAUUAUGUAAUAACACAAUAUUUAACAACCAGGAAAGAUUUCACACAUUUUUGUGUCAUUUUGUAAUAAUCCGCAACAUUUUGUAAAAAACCGCCUGAGCACAAAAUGUAAUUAAUUUCUCCGCAUUUUAUAACAAAUACAUUUAUAACGAAAACCCGGAACCCUUUUAUUCAUUAAUAGGUAAUAAUACAUUAUCUAAGUAUUACAAACCUAAAUGCACGUCUUCAUUCCAAAAAAGUGUAAUAUGCAUACUGACUCAUUUGCAAAUAUACAAUUAGUUAGGUAGAUUAUAUUUCAUUGGUCAAAUCUACAAAUGCAAUGUUGGCCUUCUUUAAAGAACAGAUGAAGACUUAAUUGGUUACCAUAUAAUUUAUAUUUUACAUUUCAAUUAAUAAAAUAGCUUAAUAUUUUUGCAAAUACCACUUUAGUAUCUAAUAAUUAACAUUAAAAUGCGGGUAAACGUUUUACAUUUUGCAUUCAAGCUGUUGACUUUACAAAAUGCUGCUGUUAUUACAUGAAGUGGAAAUGCACUACAUGUUCUGGAGUUGUUACAUAAUGUGUUAUUAAAGGCUGCUGGGAGGGAUGAGUGCGCUCUGCUGCUGCUUCUCCUGAGUGAAUUUAAGAAGUACUGUACAUCUGUCCUGCCAACUCUUCCUGUUCCUGUUUGUUUCCCAUCUCACAUUCCUCUUCAUCCCUCAGGGGUAUCAGUUGAAAUGCCUGUGGAGGCAACAACCCUGAGUAUGUGUCCCGCCUGAGCGUUCACUGUGAGUGUGCCGUUUUGGAAAGUGUGUGUGUGUGUGUGUGUGUGUGUGUGUGUGUGUGUGUGUGUGUGUGUGUGUGUGUGUGUGUGUGUGUGUGUGUGUGUGUGGUACUAUCUGAUGUUGCACUGUUGGUGUCGUGGCGCUUAAACAGGAAUGCAUGUUUUAGAGAUUUAGGAAACGACCAGGUUGCAAAGAGGUAAAAAAAAAACAAUCACACUCUCAUCUGUAUUUACAUCAAUCAGGAUAUCAAUCACUGAAUAUUUAUUGUUUAUAUUGUACAUUUUCAGAAUAUAUGAUACAAUUAAGGUUUUAAAUCAGAUCAAAUCCUAUUUUGUGUCUAAAGAGCUAUAAAGAUACCAUUUCCUCCAGAUAGCAUACAGAUGCUGUCAGAACUCUAUUAAACAUAUGAGAUACAUACAGGUACAAAUUGAAAGGGUUUGGAAAUGAAAAACUCCAUGUGAUAAGUAAUAAGUCAUUUCCAGUUUGCAGACUGUGGAGCAGGGUCCACAGAGAGUCCAUGAUGCCUGGAGUGUGCCACGGGGACAUUUGCUGAAAUGAAUAAUUAUGAAGCUGUUAGCAGCUGUUAUCUAUUGGCAGGACCACGGCUCCUGCUCUGUGGGAUGGACUUUCCUUAGAGGUGUCCUGUGGAGUUUUCUUGUAAAUGAACAGAAGUUAUGCUCACAUUUAGUGUCUCUCACCAGACACAAGCAAAGCGAUUGAAAGAAUAUCCUUCCUUUAGCAGAGUACGAUGCGUAUGUCCUCGCAGUUUUCUACUUCUCUGCUUCUGAGGGCUUAUUGCUGUGACCACCAAAUCAGUGGAAUUGCACAACAUCGGCAGGGGACUGUUAUUUGUGUCCCACCUUCAUUGAAUCAGUUUUGCAAAUAAGAGCUGAAAUCGCAAUUUGGAAUUAAAUAUCCAAAUUGCGAUGGACACAAUAUUUGUUAUAUGUGUCAAUAUACUAUCUUUAACAUGUCACUGUAUUGUGUUGCUGUAGAGAUGUCCUGGCAAAUGCUGAUCAUCCUAAUGAUGUUUUUUGGAAAAUCUUUAUUACAGAACCUAGCAAAAUGUGAUGAUUUAGUUAUUGAAAAAUAAUUCCCUCCAAUAUCGUGAAUAAUGUCGCAAUUUCAAUAUCAAUCUAAAUGAUAAUAAGAAGAUAAGUAGAUCUGUUUUGAAAUUAUUCAAGCUAAGUGAAAAUAUCAUCUGUAUCCACCUCAAAGUGUAGUCCCAAAGCGCUGCUACUGAUCAAAAACUCCACAGGGCCCCUUACUCUAUCAUACUGCUGGAAUAAAUAUGAAGAGCCAACCACUAAGUGAUAACAAUAUUUGAAUAGCAAAUGAUAAAGCAAGGGACACAACAAUUGUGAAUUAUGAUCGGAAGACACACAUUUAUGAAAAGUAAAAUCAAAGGGUCUUUUUAGAAAGUAAAGAUCAGGCAUUCAACAGACAGGAGCUCCGACGGCACCCUUCAGGCUCCCUCUGUGACGCCAAACCUCUGCAGAGUCCUCCCAGCGAGGUGUUGUUCAGCUGAGCGGGAUGAGAUCUCAUCCUCCUGUCCUGAGGUGUAAUAACGUCCUAUCAUAUCUCAACUGAAAACAGUCACACUCCCUGAAAAAAAGGUGCUAUUUUUGUCGCCUCAGUGGUAAAAACAAGCACACCUUUAUCUCUGGCAGCCCCCCCCCAAGACCCCUGUCUGAUGAUGCUGGUAUUUUCGGUCUAUAUAAGUGAACCAGAGGCAAGUGCAAAGAUAUGUAUGUGUUUAUUUUAAUGAGAGUAUUUAUACAGAUAUAUUUCUGAAUACUUUUUACUAGGUCUGAAGAGUUGUGAUUGUUUCCACUACACAUGAAUCUCAUCCAAAAAAAACUAAACAUGGGACCAGAAUUUCCCUGCUGUCGCAUCGAAACCUUUUCAGGAAGCAGAAAACUUGAAAAUCAAUAAAACUGGAGUAACAAGGUUUGCAUUCGACAGCAGCAGUUUGUUAUUUGCCUUUUGGGGGGUUUCACCAUGACCCAUCCAGAUUUGACUCUCCAUAAUGUCCUGAAAACAUCCACUACACAUGGCCUCAAAGUCACUGUGCUGCUCUGCACCCUCUAUCUUUCAAAUAUCACUUACAGGACUUUUGUAAAUAGUGAGCCGCUGUACAUACCAGUUCUGUAUAUAGUGGCAGGGGAGAAAUCAAAUAUAUAUAUAUAGAUAUAUGAAAAUACUGCAUUGAAAAAUAUGUCGAUGAACAUUAUAUUACAAUGUCGCUGGUUCUAGCACAAUAUCGCCACAUUCACACAAAAAAAAACUGUAGGCUCAAGGUUAAUCUAGAUUUAGAUUUACUUAAUAAAAGCUGCUGAUAGUGCUUGUGUUGCAGAUAAGAAUUAACCUCUUGAACCCUCAUUUUAGCUUUGCAGUUCAAUAAUAUUGCCUUUCUGUAUUAGCUUGUUGUAACACAUCUUCGCAGCUACAUGAUACUACAUUUCUUCAAAUGGAGAAUUCAAGAUGUUCCAACAGAGAAUCCAGCAUAUUGGAUAUUUCUCUAAAUGUGCGGAUCUUGUUUAAAAUGUCAAAUAACUUUCUGUGGGCUUGCACAAAGCUUGUCCGAACAACCUGCAGCUGUAACGCAGGGUUUGAGAGGUUAAAAGAGACUCUGCAUGAAACUGUUGCACCGCUGUCUUUUAGUUUGCCAGCGAAACUAAAACUAAGAUCUUUACAGUAACCUUAGAUAGAUAUGUGAUAGAUAAAAAAAGAACAAAUCAGAACCUGCAAAAAAAGUUUCCAAGGCACAGAAACAACCGGAUAUUUAAGGGCUGUGAAUAACACAUUUUUUUCCGAUAAAAUGUCUGGCAUUUCUGCUCUAAGUUAUCAAAGUAACACUUUCUGUCAAUCAAAAAAAUCGACCUCAUGUUUCAGCUGUGCUACAAUUCACACCAAUGAUCCAAUCCGACCCUUCAAUCGAUACAGCAUCUAUGCCAGUGUUUAGAAAUAGGAGUUUCUUUUUCUUUUCUUUAGAAAGUAAUUGUUACAAUUUGGCUGUGCUGAAGUGAAUGGUGUGUCCUGUCUUUGUCUGGAUUUCUGUGUUACAAUGUGCUGCUCUUCGUUUUGUACUAAAGGGUUUCAGAUUAAGGCUUGUACAUACAGUAUUCAUCAAACACAACUUUAUUAACAAUAACCCUGUCGAGCAAGAGACAGCCGGGAGACAGUCUCCAGUAUUACAGCUUUUGCAAGCAUGCCCUUUGAGCACUAAAAAGACGAAAGGCCUUUUUUACAUGAAUAGGUGGAAUGUAUUGGUGAUAGACGAUGUUCACCUCAUAGGUCGUGAUGAAGGCAGACUGUUUGUGUUGUGGACAUAUUCUCAAGUAAAAGAGGGUGGUGGGGUAUUUGAUCAAAAGUGUCCGUUUUGGGUCGGGAGGUGUGGGGGGCGUUUGAUUCGAUGUGUGAAACUCGGCAGCAUGCUUUUUUAAACCAUGCCUAUGAAAUGUGUCUAAUCUUUGGUCCUAUAUAAAUGUGCUUGUAUUUAUUUUUUAUAAGUGAAUAGAUCAACCUUUAUAAAAGAAGAAGAAGAAUUUAGUGGUGCCCUUUGACCUUUUUUAGUCAACUUUCCACCAGUUUGUUUUGAAACCAUUAUGAUUUACUGUUUCCCCCAUGUAUCUUCUGUGUUUAUACAGUGUCUAUAGCAAAUAAGAAAAGCACAUCUGGCUCAGAACAGAGAUCCCUGUCAGGAAAUCAAGCUGUCAUUAUGUUUGUGCCCAGAAAACUACGCUUUCAAAGGACUACAAUCUCUAGAAAAGUUCAAGAAAAUCAUAUAGCAAGCAAGAAAAAACCAUGCUGCAUUUGUUUGAACCCAAACUAUUGUAGAUUACACUGUGGUGCAUGCAGCCAUUGCAAAAAUCCAUCUCCAAUCCUCUUUUCUUUCCUUGUUUUUGCUUAUGUUCCAAUUAAUGGGGGCCAAAAUAAAAAGGGAACACAUGAGUGAUCAAGGAAUCUUUUGAGACUUCAAAGUGAUUUGUGUGAAACUGUAGUGACGCUGUGGACUCUUUAAAGUUUUGAGGAAAUGCCUUUUUAUUGGACGAGCUAUCUCCCGGUCACCGAGUGGAACACAGUGUACAGUAAGAUAGAAUUAAAAUUAACCUCAUCCGAAUGUUGAAACUAUUAAAAAAUGUUUUUAUAUUA